AUGGUGUCCAAACUCAACCACGAAUUCGGCGUCCUCUUCGGCUUCGUCGGCGCCAUGAUCGUCUCGCUCGGUGUAUUCGCCACGGCAAUGUAUUUCAAGAAUAAGCGCGACGCGAACAGGGAGAGAGAGAGGAAGAUUGCGCUGCAUGAGAAGGGGUUUGCUGCUAGGGAUAAUGGGGUAGGAGUUGAGAGGGUGGAUGGCGACGGGAAUGGGAAAGAGGUCGUUGGCGGGCAUUAUGAGAAUAGUACGGUGGUGUGA